CGCAGCACGAGUGUGGUGGGAGAGGCUGGUUUGUUGAUCCAGUCGGAGCUUGGGCUACGCUGUUGUUACCUCCAGCGGAAUAGCUAGCCCUCUGUCAGAGUUUAAGCAGUUCGGCUGACAGUAUGUCAAUAAUGUAGCUUUCGUUUUACGCAUUGUCAGCGUUCUGGCGAGAACAUGCCCACUCGCACACGGAUUCGGUGUUACCGUGCCAAUUCACAACCAAGCCCGGUUACAUUAGCACGAGCUUGAGUUAGAAGAGUGACAAGAUAAACAGUCGAAGUUGCUCCGGAGUGAGAUGGCUAAUGCUAGGCUGGUCAGAGGUAGCUUAUGUAGCAGAUAUGCGUGCUAGUCGGCCGACUAAGACAUGGAAAAAUGAACGUUUCCACAAGGAGCAAUAAUAAACGGCACUUUAUCCGGUCUCUUAUUCGGGAGGCAGCCAUUUAAACGGGAGGCAGCAGCGGCUGAAACGGUGUUUGGUCCUGGCUGCUCCGCUGGCCCUGGAAGCUAGCAGAAGGCUAUCUAGCCGCACGCCUAGCUCAUUCACCAUAGUGGCUGAUGGCCUCCCUGCCGGCCAUGGACACUGUGACGGACUCGUGCCCCGCGGUGCACCAGAAUGGGACCGCCCAUCGGGAAUGUCCAGACACAAGACCAGCGGCCGCCGUUUUGAGGCUUCAUUUAUAUCCCAGCGGCCAGGGAGCAGCUGACUCCGGCUUGCUGGGCUACCCACCUGGGGAUUACGUGGCGGAGGAGCUGUGCAUCGACGCAGCGAGGAAGUGCAGUAUAUCCCCCUUGUACUGCAACCUUUUUGGUCUCUUCCGAGAGCGAGACCGCUUGUGGUUUUCCCCCAACCACAUAUUCCAGCUGGAUGACUCGGCCUCAGAAGAUGUGUAUUUCAGAAUACGGUAUUACUUCCCAGGGUGGUACAGUAGUGGAGCGUCCAGGGCUUAUCGAUAUGGAGUCAAGAAAGGGUCGGAGAGCCCCGUCCUGGAUGACUAUGUCAUGUCCUACCUGUUCUGUCAGUGGAGGAAUGACUUUUUGAAUAGCUUGGUGAAGAUUUCCAACUCACAUGAGACACAAGAAGAGUGCCUUGGUAUGGCGGUGCUGGACAUGACGAGAACAGCCAAGGAGAGGCAGAUGUCCCCUCUGGAUAUCUACCACACUAUAAGUUACAAGUCCUUCUUGCCAAAAGACAUGAGAGCUCAGAUCCAGGAGUGCAAUUUUUUGACGCGAAAGCGAAUCCGCUUCCGUUUCAAGCGCUUCAUCCAGCAGUUCAGCCAGUGUCGGACCACGGUCCGCGACCUUAAGCUCAAGUAUCUCAUCAGCAUCGAGGCGCUGGAGAAAGCCUUCUUCACAGAGACCUUCCAGGUCAGAGAGCCAUCCAUCGGACAGCUCCUCAUCCUGGUGGCGGCCGACACUGGAAUUCAGUGGUGUCGAGAGAAGUUGAAAGAUUCUGACCAAGAGCUGCAGAAUCUGUGUGACUUCCCUGAUAUCACUGACAUCAGCCUGAAACAGGCCAACAAAGAGGGAGCCGGAGAGAACCGGGUAGUCACCAUCAGUAAACAGGAUGGCAAAAACCUGGAGCUGGAAUUCUCCAGCCUGUCUGAGGCCCUCUCCUUUGUGUCUCUCAUCGAUGGCUACUAUCGACUGACCACAGACGCGCAUCACUACCUGUGUAAAGAAGUGGCACCUCCGAGACUAGUUGAGGCCAUUUCUUCUCAUUGCCAUGGCCCCAUAUCAGUGGAGUUUGCUGUGAACCGACUUCAAAAGAGCGGGAACAAGUGGGGAUUGUACAUUUUAAGAUGUAGCCCCAAAGACUUCAACAGAUAUUUUCUGACUUUCCCUUCUAAGGUGUACGACGCUGUGGAUUACAAACACUGCCAGAUUACUAGGUCCGCAACCGGAGAGUUUAACUUAAGCGGGACAAAAAAGAACUUCAGCACCCUGCAAGAACUUCUUGGCUGCUACCAAAAGGAAACGGUGCGCUCAGACAGCAUCGUUUUCCAGUUUAGCAAGUGCUGUCCUCCUCUACCCAAAGAAAAGUCCUGCCUCCUCGUGUGCAGAAGCAACAGGGGUUCUGAAGUGCCUUUGUCUCCAUCUCUACGACACAACAUCAGUCAGAUGGUGUUUCACAAGAUCAGGAAAGAAGAUCUGGACGUUGUGGAGAGUCUCGGUCAAGGGACUUUUACGAAGAUCUUCAAAGGGGUCCGAAAGGAGCUUGGAGACUAUGGAUGUGUGCACCAAACGGAGGUUGUGAUGAAAGUUUUGGACUUGACACACAGGAAUUACUCUGAGUCCUUCUUCGAAGCAGCCAGCAUGAUGAGCCAGUUGUCCCACAAGCACCUGAUCCUUAACUACGGCGUGUGUGUCUGCGGAGAGGAAAAUAUCAUGGUUCAGGAGUAUGUGAAGUUUGGCUCCCUGGACAUCUACCUGAAGAAGAACAAGAACUCCAUCAACAUCCUGUGGAAGCUGGAAGUGGCGAAGCAGCUGGCAUGGGCCAUGAACUUCCUGGAAGAAAAGCAUCUUGUUCACGGCAAUGUUUGUGCAAAGAAUGUUCUGCUGAUAAGAGAAGAGGACCGGAGGGCUGGAAACCCCCCUUUCAUCAAACUUAGUGACCCUGGGAUCAGCAUAACUGUCCUUCCUAAAGAAAUCCUGGCCGAGAGAAUCCCUUGGGUGCCCCCCGAAUAUAUCAAGGAACCGGUCAAACUGAGCCUCGCUGCAGAUAAGUGGAGCUUUGGGACCACGUUAUGGGAGAUCUGCAGUGGUGGGGAGAAGCCUCUAGCAUCUCUGGAUAACUGCAAGAGAAUCCAGUUCUUCGAGGACCACCAGCAUCUCCCAGCACCAAAGUGGACCGAGCUGGCUAAUCUGAUCACCAGCUGCAUGGACUACGAGCCCACAUUCAGGCCCACAUUCCGAGCUGUUAUCCGUGACCUCCACAGCCUCUUCACACCAGACUAUGAGCUGAUUAUGGACAGCGACAUCCUUCCAAACAGGACUGCCGGCUCUGGCUGGACAACGGGGGGUUUGGAGAAUCAGGACCCAGCUCAGUUUGAAGAGAGACACCUCAUAUUCUUACAACUCCUGGGAAAGGGAAACUUUGGCAGCGUGGAAAUGUGUCGUUACGACCCGCUGCAGGACAACACGGGGGAGGUGGUGGCUGUCAAGAAACUCCAGCACAGCACUGCCGAGCACCUACGGGACUUUGAGCGAGAGAUCGAGAUCUUGAAGUCCCUCCAGCACGAGAACAUUGUGAAGUACAAGGGAGUUUGUUACAGUGCAGGUCGGCGGAAUCUUCGCCUCAUCAUGGAGUAUCUUCCUUUUGGGAGCCUGCGGGAUUACCUCAUGAAAAACAAGGAGAGGAUUGACCACAAAAAGCUUGUCCACUACGCCUCUCAGAUCUGCAAGGGUAUGGAGUACCUGUCAAGUAAGCGGUACAUCCACAGGGACCUGGCCACACGAAAUAUCCUGGUGGAGAGUGAGACGAGGGUCAAGAUUGGCGAUUUUGGCCUCACCAAAGUUCUGCCUCAGGACAAAGAGUACUACAUGGUCAAAGAACCGGGAGAGAGCCCUAUAUUCUGGUAUGCGCCGGAGUCAUUGACUGAGAGCAAGUUCUCCGUGGCGUCAGACGUCUGGAGCUUUGGAGUUGUGCUUUAUGAGCUUUUCACUCACAGCGACAAGCACUGCAGCCCUCCUGCAGUUUUUAUGUCGAUGAUGGGCAAUGACAAGCAGGGACAGCUGAUUGUGUAUCAUCUCGUCGAGCUCCUCAAAUCAGGCAGCAGGCUGCCUCAGCCCCUGGAGUGCCCUUCGGAGAUACAUGAGAUCAUGGAGGAGUGCUGGGACAAAGACCCCAUCUUGCGUCCUUCUUUCAAGGAGCUGGCCCUGCGCAUUGACCUGUUCAGGGACAGUAAGGAGUUUUAAAAUCGCCCAAAGUGCCACCUCCCUCUUCAAUCAAGGAACAAUGGAAUACUGGUGCCUGCAUUGCGGCAAAGUGGAAAAGAAUCAUGCAAGAUCCCUCUCCGGCUGGUUGCCUGCAUUUGGAAAAGCAACGUGACUGGAUAGGUGGUUUAAUAUGAAGAUUUGCUCGAGAACAGUUUCUGAGGUGCCUUUCAGCCAGGCACUCUUCUGCUGCAGGUCUGCUGCAGAAAAGACUUGUUUGGCUGGUCAGACUGUUGAAGGUGAUGGUGCUGACAGAGAGAAGACGUUUGGUCAAUGUUUCAGAAGCAAACUUGAAGAAUUUGUAGUGACUGAGACAAGAUUGUUGUCAGAACAAGUUUUCUCUAAGUGUUUGAGGGUGUAUUUUGUUCGUACAAACAGCUAGCUGGGCUAGCUCUUGCCACACCCCCCCCUUGUGCUGUCUCCUUAGAAGAAAAUAGACUAUAUUAGUACAGUAUUUUUCUGUACAUAUGAGAAAUUUUUAUAAUUUUAUAAAUUUAAACUAUGGUAAAUACUAUAUUUGAAAAGCCAGCGCGAUGUUGUAAAUUAAGUACAUAUGAAGGUGAUUUUAAAAAUCUGUCAUCGUCUGUUUUCAAUGUGAGAGGUGGUGUGAAAAUUAAAGAACAUAUCUGUGAAACAAACUCUAGUGUUGC